ACGCUUUCCAGAUGGAGUCCUAGGGCGCUGACUGCUCCCCAGUUUCCGUAGGGAAGCGCAGGGCUACCACAGCUAUUGUGCGUAGCGCUGUCGCCCUCCUCUUCCCGCUGCCUGCUGUCGUGUUGUUGGAGGAAAGCUACGUUUCCUUGCCGCUGGGCUUAACUCUCUAAGUGCCAAACCCCACAUCACGAUGGCUCCCAGGAACCAGUAGGCGGUCUCUGCAGCUGCCGAGUAGUGGACGACGAGCCCCGAAGACCCGAGGAACACAUCCGAAGGGAGCCCGUGCUCUCGUUCGGUCUCGGGGUUAGGGCUCGGCCAGCGUGAAACGGUGGCAUUGGCUUUAAGAAGGGGGAGGGGAGGCACAGUCUGGCUCUCUUGGGGAGCCAGGGGAAGGAAGCCUCGGCUGGCUUGGGAGCGCAAAGAGGCGGCCCCCGCGCCCGCGCUCUCCCUGCCUCCACCCUGGGACGCCCGGGACACGGCGCUGUGCUUUGGGGAGACGAUGACCAGGGGGCGUGCUGCUCCCUAGGCUGCACCCUGCCGGCGUCAGAAGGCGUUGGUAAGCACUCCUGGUCAUUCGCAGCCACCGCCGGACUACGCGCUCCAGAUACACACCAGCGGGCGCUCCCAAGAGUUUCAUUGGAACAGCCCCUCCGCUAUCCUAAUCAUGGGGCAUCCCCCGCUGGAGUUCAGCGACUGCUACCUCGACAGCCCCGAUUUCCGCGAGAGGCUCAAGUGUUAUGAACAGGAGCUGGAGAGGACCAAUAAAUUCAUCAAAGACGUGAUCAAAGACGGCAGCGCGCUUAUCAGCGCUAUGAGAAAUUACUCUUCCGCGGUUCAGAAAUUUUCCCAGACACUCCAGUCAUUUCAAUUUGAUUUCAUUGGAGACACACUGACUGAUGAUGAGAUUAAUAUUGCGGAAUCAUUCAAGGAAUUUGCUGAGUUGCUCAAUGAAGUAGAAAAUGAAAGGAUGAUGAUGGUACAAAAUGCUAGUGACUUGCUGAUCAAACCCCUGGAAACUUUUCGGAAGGAACAAAUAGGUUUCACAAAGGAGAGGAAGAAGAAAUUUGAAAAGGAUGGUGAGCGGUUUUACUCAUUACUGGACCGGCACUUACAUUUGUCAUCCAAAAAGAAAGAAUCUCAGUUACUAGAGGCAGACCUCCAAGUGGAUAAGGAAAGGCACAAUUUCUUUGAAUCAUCCCUUGACUAUGUUUAUCAAAUUCAGGAAGUCCAGGAGUCAAAGAAGUUCAAUAUUGUGGAGCCGGUCUUGGCCUUCCUUCAUAGCCUCUUCAUUUCUAACAGCUUGACUGUGGAGCUCACACAGGAUUUCCUGCCAUACAAACAGCAGCUGCAGCUUAGCUUACAGAAUACAAGAAAUCAUUUUUCCAGUACCCGGGAGGAGAUGGAAGAACUUAAGAAAAGGAUGAAAGAAGCUCCUCAGACAUGCAAGCUUCCAGGACAGCCAACCAUUGAAGGCUAUCUCUAUACACAGGAGAAAUGGGCCCUGGGGAUAUCCUGGGUGAAAUACUACUGUCGGUAUGAGAAAGAGACCAGGAUGCUCACCAUGACACCUAUGGAACAGAAGCCGGGUGCUAAGCAGGGACCUGUGGACUUAACUUUGAAGUACUGCGUGAGAAGGAAGACAGAGUCAAUUGACAAAAGAUUCUGUUUUGAUAUAGAAACUAAUGAAAGACCAGGAACCAUCACUCUGCAGGCGCCUUCAGAAGCCAAUCGAAGGCUGUGGAUGGAAGCCAUGGAUGGGAAAGAACCUAUCUACCACACUCCUAUAACAAAACAGGAAGAAAUGGAGCUGAAUGAAGUGGGGUUCAAGUUUGUUAGGAAGUGCAUCAAUUUUAUUGAGACCAAAGGGAUCAAGACAGAAGGGUUGUACCGCACUGUGGGCAGCAACAUCCAGGUUCAGAAGUUGCUCUAUGCCUUUUUUGAUCCCAAAUGUCCAGGGGAUGUCGAUUUCCAGAACAGUGACUGGGACAUUAAGACAAUCACAAGCUCUUUAAAAUUCUACCUCAGGAAUCUCUCAGAGCCUGUCAUGACUUAUAAGCUCCACAAAGAGCUCGUCUCUGCUGCCAAAUCUGACAACCUGGAUUACCGUCUGGGGGCUAUUCACUCCCUAGUAUAUAAGCUACCAGAAAAGAACCGGGAGAUGCUGGAACUUUUAAUCAGGCACUUGGUAAAUGUGUGUGAGCACAGCAAAGAGAAUCUUAUGACACCUUCCAAUAUGGGGGUAAUCUUUGGGCCCACCCUGAUGAGAGCUCAAGAGGACACUGUGGCUGCUAUGAUGAACAUCAAAUUCCAGAACAUUGUGGUAGAAAUCCUGAUUGAACACUUUGGCAAGAUUUAUUUAGGUCCACCCGAAGAUAGCCAAGUACCUCCAGUGCCUCCACCUCGAGUGACAGCAAGAAGACACAAACCAAUUACAAUCUCAAAGCGCUUGCCGAGAGAAAAGGCAUUAUUCUAUACUUCUUCCCUGGAUGAAAAUGAAGCUGAAAGUCACCAUCAAACUCCUAAUGGUACAAUCACUAGCAACCUGGAUACCCCGAAGCUACCACAGCACCUCAAACUACCCAUGCAGAAAAGUGGGGAAACCGACCCUGGAAGAAAGUCCCCAAGUAGACCUGUUUCUGACUGUCAAUCGGAGCCCUGUCUAGAGGUGGAUGUGGGGAAGUUGGUAUUUAGGUUGCAGGAUGGAGGGACCAAGGCUACUUCAAAGGCUUCCAAUGGACCUGUUCCAGGCUCUGGACACACAAAGACCUCCUCUUUCCAUAUAAAGAGACCAGCUCCCAAGCCAGUGGUUCACUACAAGGAAGGAGAUACUGAUGGUUUCAGCAAAGUCCGUCCCCUAGGAGAAAAGCAAACAAUCAUCCGUCCUCCAGUGAGGCCCCCAGACCCUCCUUGCCGAUCCAGCACUUCACAAAAGCUAGAGCCCAAACCAGAAACAGUGCCUGGCAAUGCAGAGGAAAUCCCAUCAUCUGUGGUGGCAUCCAGGACCAGAUUCUUUGAAACAGCUUCCCGGAAAACUGGAAGUUCUCAAGGAAAACUUCCUGGAGAUGAGAGUUGAGGCCACAGGAUUCAAAGGACUGGCCUUGAGAAGGAUCCUUUUCUGGAUGGAAAGGGUCUACUUCAAACCCUUGUGAGCAAUUGGUGCUGAAGAGCUCUUUCUGGCCUUGUAGGUUCAGUGUCUGGGAACCUAUAAAAUAAGGAGCACAUGUCUUAGGCACAUGUUUGUUUCUCCUUUGUAUUCUGUCUUCACCUCCCCAGAAUUUCUGUUGUGAGCAAUUCCUAGGAUACUGGAUGGCUGGAUUCUCUCAAGCUCCAAGCUCUACUGAAGUGAAAAUACCCACUGAUCUGUAUCGAAGAAUAGAGCCUAGUUUCCCAAUCUUCUCUGAACAGCUUCUUUCCUCAAAAGUCAUUGGAUUCUGCAUGAUUCAGGGCUAAAGACUGUUCUUAGGGGUCUUACCCUGAUCUAAAGACAACUCAAAUUGGGGCCAUUGUUUACCUUAUUUGGAAGGGGGUAGGGAUGUUAGCUGAAUAUUGGAGAAUUGUAUCAUGUCUCUUUCCAAGGAUAUGGAUACUGACUAAUUCCAGAUUGGUACCCUGGAACUAUGGAAAUCCAGAGGGGCUAAACUGCAUGAAUAGUUCCCACCCAGUGGCCUUCCAUAAUAUGGGCUUAGGAAGAUAGGCUUUUCUCUUUUUGUUUCCAGCCUCUGAGGACAAAUCUGCUAAGCAUGUUUUGCAUGUCAAUACCUAGGCCUGUCUGGUUUUUGCUUCCUCCUACUUUUUCCCAAUAGCUUCCUUUCCAGUAAUCAACAAAUAAAACAAAACAGAAACCAUUUCUGUUCAAAAAAGGGGGAGGUGUCAAAUGUUAGGAAAAAUUGUUAAGAUUGACUGAGUCCAAGGAAUUGUUGCUCUUACUUCUCAUUUGCCUCUAGCUUACAUGCUCUUUUAUUUCCCUC